UCCGUAGAGUCAGCUCCAGGGCCUAAUACUCUUGCAUCCUAGUUUGAAGGGCCUUAGACUGGGAACGCAGGGGUUCGAGCCUUUGUUCUGCUCGUUACUAGCCUUUGCGUCCAAAGAUGAGUCACCCAAACUUGGAACUUGAGCCUUCUCCCUAAAAUGGGAGAUGAUGGUAUGCGUAGUGUCGCUCUCCUGAGGUUCAGCUGUGGUCAUGAAGGUGAAAACGAGAGUACGGUGUCGUUACUAAGAAAUUCACGCCGGUUCCCUAACCUGGGGAAGAGGUGUGUUGUGCUCUCAGAGUCAGGUCCUGGGUCAGAAGCGGAACUAGAGCAUCAAAUGAGAUGACAUGUCCAACCUAGCGGAGCUCACGUUCCGGCGGGGCACUGGGCAGCAAAGAGCAAGGACGUGAUGUUAUUUCAGACGGCGAGAAAGAGGAUCUGGUGAUAUUUGUCAUGAGUGGAAUUGUGUGGAACAAUGUGGAAACACAGGAACUUGAACCAUACAUACAAGAAUAGGAUUAAAUUAAAAGGAUUUACCAUACAUCUUAUGACUCUUUACUGGAGCCUUGGGAGAUAGAUAUGUUUUCUAUAAGUGGAGCAUAGUUGGAUUUCCCAUUUUUUAACCUAAUGGGAGGAACCUUUGUCUUUUAACAGAUAAAGAUGAAUGUCAUGUCUCAACCAACACUGAAAAUGUGACGUUUAGAAGACAUUUGCUAAGUCAAGUCACCUCACGCAAAUUGUUGUUCAAGUCAAAGACAUCAUAAUGCAUAGUGCUUCAUCAGUACCACCAAAAGAUCAAGGAGGUGUUUCCCUGCUCCCCAGUCCUGUUGAGAAACAGCUGACUCAGAAGAAGUCGGCAUCUCCUGGAAAGACAGCGCGCACAGGUGAAUCAAACAGCCCUCCUGGAACGAUUCAGGGUGGGAAGGGUCUGCGGGGUAAGAGUCAGUUUAGAACCAUCGCUCCAAAACUCGCGCCCCGAGUCCUGGCGCCCAGAGUGGUCCCGGGCCCGGCGCCCUCCCUCUCUGACCAUGCGCAUCCAGGCCCCUCCCUCGGCUCGAAGGCCCUGGGGAUGCCCCCCCAGAAUUACGCGCUGAUGCAGGUGGCCGGCCAGGAAGGGACCUUCUCUCUCGUCGCUCUGCCACACGUCGCCUCGGCUCAGCCACUCCAGAAACCCAGACUGCCUCUGCCCAAGAACCUGAAGCUGCCCAUCCCCCGGUACCAACGCCCAGGACAUAGCAAAGGAGCCAGAAAGAAACCGGGGUGCAGCUCCUCCGACAGGGGCUGUAGCCAAGCUCCCGCCCAAACCCAGUUGGCCCCCCCCCCGCCUGAGCACCCCGAGGCCCCGCACAAGCCCAGCCCACCCAAGCCGGCGCUGGCACCCGGCCAGGCCCCGGCCUCGCUGACCAGUGGGGGUGGCCGUGGAGACCCUGGGCCCCCAGGGACCAGCGACCACGGAGGUCGGGACCCUCCCGCCGCCCCAGCGCUGUCCACACCGGAGGAGCCCUCUGCCGAGCGGGGCCUCCCGAAGAGUUCAGGGAGAGCAGGCGUUGCAGGCAAGAAGCCCUCCAGGAAGCCUGCUGUCGCCAGGGGAGAACUUAGAGAACAGGUCGACCCUGCCAGGGCCGCGACCCAUUUGUCGCCAGGCGUUAUUGGAAACGCGGUUCAGGUGGUCCCUUCCAUCCCCAGAGGUAAACUGCCCAUCCUGCCCUACUCAAGAACGAGGGCGUCGCAAGUUUACAAAGGCCGAGCAGCUGUGAACGUUGCGCAUGUUUCUCUCCCUGGGCUCAGGGCAGCCGGUGAUAAGACCUCGUCCCUCCCGGAGGGCUUCUGUUCGGCCCCCCAGGUGGCCGACAGGGCACCUGCCCCACAGGCGUCGUGGCAGAGCCCCUGCGACAGGGCCUACUGUCCGGCCACCAAAGCCGACCUCAACCACAAAACAAAACCGAACGGCGGGGCAGCCAAGAGAAGAGGAAGAAAACGGAAGGUCCCGGAUGAACUUCUGACAUUUCAGGGUAAAAGGAGGAAAUGUGUCAGUAAUAAGUGUAAAGAUGGCAAAGAAAGAGCCAAAGCCGAGCCCCAGGAACCCAGGGACCAAAAACCUGGGGCUGUGAAAAAAUACCGCAGCAUCAUGCCCAAACCUGUCCUGGUCCUGCCGGCCCUGGCUGCCCUGGACUCGCCCGCGGCCACGCUACAGCCCCCGGCGUCCGGCAGCCGGGAGCACGCGUCGUUCAAUCACUCCCUCGCCGCCCCCAAGCAUCUGGGCUGCAGGCAGGACGACGGCCCCUCCCCGAAGCCCGGCUCGGCCUUUAGAAAUGGGUUCCCCGGCCUCAAGAAGCCUUCGCACGGAUGCCACGUGUGCGAGCACGCCUUCCAGCCCAAGCAGCACCUCCGCGAGCGCGCCAACACGCACAGCGACAGCCGGCCCUACAGCUGCCGGCUCUGCCGCAAAGCCUACGUGCGGCCGGGCAGCCUGAGCGCACACGUGCGGCUGCAUCACGGCGACUCCCGGCCCAGGAGGCUCGUGUGCUGCGAAUUCUGCGCGAAGGUGUUCGGCCACGUCAGAGUCUACUUCGGCCACCUGAAAGAGGUGCACGGGGUGGCCGUCAGCACCGAGCCCUCCCCCUGCGAGCCGCAGCCGCAGCCGGGGGACUUGCUGAGGACCAGGGAGCAGACUGCCCGAGGGAUGGAGGGACCGGUGGACAGGGAGACCAAGUCCAGCCUGGAAGAAGACCUCCUUCUAAACCAGGCUGAUGAGGUCAAAUUCCAGAUCAGAUGUGGCCGCUGUCAGAUCACUGCCCAGUCUUUUGCUGAAAUCAAGUUCCACCUGCUUUACGUUCAUGGAGAGGAAAUCCAGGGCCAGUUGCAAGAGGAGCUCUCACCCUCCCCAGGAAGCAGGGGAGCUCAGGGAGAACUGGUUCAACAGGCUGCUCCUUUCUGGAAACAUCCUGAGAGAAGAAAGCAGCUUAAGCACCGUCCCUUGGACGGGGAACUCUGUGCAGUCCCCAGACUGAAAAAGCAGCUCUACCUCCGUCAUCAGAAUGAGGUGGAGAUACUUGCGAAACGUGAAGGAGCCGAGCCAGGACCCAGUGAGCCCGGAGGACACCCCCAGGGCUCCGAGGGUCCCGGCCCCGACGCUGCCCUCUCCCCGCCCCGGCCUGGCUUUCGCUGCGUCCUUUGUGCACAGAUGCUGGGAAGGAAGGAAGAGCUGCUCCUGCAUUGGGAAGAGCGCCACAAGUGCGAGGACCCUCUGAAACUCUGGACGGUUCUCAGCACGCUCUCCAGCCAGGGAGUCAUCGAACCUUCCAGCGAGACCGGAAAAUGAGACAGGGAGCCGGGGGGUAAGGGGAGGUUUUGUCUCCGCUUCCUCUGUUCCAUGGUGGUGCUUAAUACCAAAAAUCAAGCAGGUUAGGAUCAGCUUUAAUGAGCACAGGGAGUUUUGUACAGUUUUAUUUUAUUAUGAAAUAUAUAUGUAUGGGGCUUCCCUGGUGGCGCAGUGGUUGAGAGUCCGCCUGCCGAUGCAGGGGGCGCAGGUUCGUGCCCCGGUCCGGGAAGAUCCCACAUGCCGCCGAGCGGCUGGGCCCGUGAGCCAUGGCCGCUGAGCCUGCGCG